AAAUUUGCUGGUAAAUUAUAGUGCGUACAAAAAAAUACAGAGACGAAAAAGCUGGUGGGACAGCCAGCGCAGGUAACGGCAGACUGCUUUCCUUGAAAAUCAAAAAUCCAUUGAUCUGCGCUUGGCAGAUCGGUCUAUGUCUCGUAUGUGCCUUCACCACAGACACAGCGCUGCACCAGCCUGUGGGUUGGUACUUGGAGCAGUGGCAGUACGUGAACAUACGAGAUGGACAUCACACUCCCUCAUCAUUAUAGAUGACAAUUCAAAUAGAAACGAGCGGAAAUGGUUGCUUGGCGCCCCACAUCACUGCAAUCCCACGAACAUGCGACAAAGGGUGCUCAUCACAACCGCUUCCCCUACAUCCCCCUGCUGAUUUCACAUAAAGAUUGUAUUUUCA